AUGACUCAUAACUCGCACCCAGAUGGGUUGACUGCGAAAGAUGCGCAUAUAUCUUAUCUACAGAGAGUUCAAAGUGCACAAGGAGAGUCAUCACGAAUAAAACUAGUUUGGGAAAACGACAGGUGGAGGGAAUGGAGCCAAGGAGAUUUACACGAAGUGGUCAAUGGCGACAUGAUGGCCAAAUUGGAGCAAUGGCUUGAAGAAGGGGAAAGCGAUAGCGUGUUUUGUCUUAAAUCAAGCGGCAACAGUUUACAUCUCAUUAAGACAAUCACUCCAGAUCCACAUAAACCACCCUCCACAUUUGUCAUUACUACCCUACCAACCAACUUUAAACAUGCUAAAACCUCAUCGCAAUCGGGUACACCUGUACCGUCUUCCCCAAUGUCAGUACUUCCGCUAUCCCUUCCCGUCAUCGACUUGUCUCGUGCGACCAGCUCUGUUUCAACGGAAUCAAGAUCACAGAUUGCUCUGUCCCAUGAUCCACCUGCCGAUAUAGACUGUAAAUCGCUGCUCGAGUGUACGGAUUGGGGAAAGACGAAACUGGGUCCAAGAAACAAAUGGCCACCCGUGCUGGAAACGAUGAUCGAAGUGGUGAUGCGUUCGCCGACGCAGGAUUCGCUUUGGCUCGGUGAGGAUUUUCAAAUGCUAUACAAUAAUAAUUACUCCCAGAUUGUGCAUCAUCCUCUAAUGUGGGGGCGGUCCGCGAAAGUCAAAGAAGCAUGGGGACCCGUUUGGGACGGCGUGUCCCAUCUUAUCGAUCGAUGCCUGACUGGCGGAGAACCUUGCUACCGAGAAGACGAUUUAUUACUGUAUCGCAAAGGUCCCCAAGGCUAUUGGGUAGAGAAAUACCAUACUUGGAGUUUUAUACCGCUGUUCGAUGUCGAUGGAACUCCUCUAGGUCUCUACAAUCCUACCCGGGAGACAACGAAUGCAGUGGUCGCCAAAAGAAGACAAGAAACUAUGCGUGAUUUAUCAGAGCACUUGCUCAUCGCGAGGACUUCCAAGGAAUACUACGCCAGUAUUGUUGAAGUAUUGGAGCAGAACUCAAAGGAUGUCCCCUUCUUGAUGUGCUACAGUGUACAGGAAGAUGCUCAGAGUAACGAGGUCAAUCUCGAGCUUGAAUCAUCCAUCGGUAUACCGAAAGAUCAUGCUGCCGCUCCAUCCUUUCUGAAAUUACCUCUCCCUAGCAAUCAAUCUGUUCGAUCGAAUUAUGGCUCAAGAGGAGGUCAACUAUCUUCCCCGACUCUUUCUGCGAUAUCGGUACUAUCCUCUGGCGGUGGAAAGGUCCACUACAGCUAUGAUACACAUUCCUGGCCUAUCGCAAAAGCGAUCACUACUCGUCAAGCCGUGGUGGUCGACGAUUGUACGCAGCUCAUAAAAGGCUUUCCGCUGCGCCAAUGGGAGGCGUUGCCACAAUCUGCAAUCGUUAUUCCUAUAUCUAGCGAAGCUUCGGCUGAUGUCCCUCAAGCGGUGUUUAUUUUGGGUCUCAAUGUCGCCUCCCCUCUCGACGAGGUGUACGAAGAAUGGAUCCAUGUUCUCAAGGCCCAUCUCAUCUCUUCCUUAGGAUCAGUGCGAGCCGCCGAAGCUGAACAAAGCCGCCAGUUGGAGAGAGAUCGCAUGGAGAGAGCAAAAACUGCAUGGUUCCAAGGGGCUGCCCAUGAUCUGAGAUCGCCUUUGACUUUGGUGGCUGGACCUCUUGAUGAUGUUCUACGAACACAGCUACUUCCGGAACAGAAAACUGCUCUUUCCCUUGCACAACGUAACCUGACUCGAGUUCAGAGACUGGUCAACUCGUUGCUUGACUUUUCUCGAAUCGAGGCGGGAAAAUUAGCAGGCCGGUUUGUACCACUUGAUCUUGGUAGAUUUAUUGAUGAUCUGGCUGUCUUAUUUCGCCCAGCAAUCGCAAGGAAGCGGAUCGAUUACCGAAUAGCGGUCGAUCCACACGAAGCUGCAGUUUUCGUCGAUCCCACUUUGCUCGAAACGGUGGUCACCAAUCUGAUUAGUAACGCCCUCAAAUACACUGAAGAAGGCUCCAUCACCGUUCAUCUAACUUAUCUCGAAUCAUAUGCAGAAAUUGCUGUGACCGAUACUGGUAUAGGGAUACCUGCCGGCGAGCUCUCUGCGGUAACAGAUAGGUUCCAUCGAGCUACAACUGCACUUUCAAGGGGAACCGAGGGCACCGGGAUCGGUUUGGCUCUGGCCAAGGAGAUUGUACGGCUCCAUGGAGGUGAUCUUAUCAUUACUAGUCGAACCGCUGAAGAGAGCGGAGCAGCGCAUGGAUCGACUUUCACUGCUCGCAUUCCCCUCAUCGAGAGGCAAGUCAUCGAGGAUCCCCAUUUGCCUGGCAAUUUUGGUGUUUAUGGUAAAGCGGUGGUUGAGGAGGCAAUGCACUGGAUGUUGCCAAAUGACAUUGAUUCGGAAUCGGCUGGAUCGGACAUCAACGGAUCUACUUCCUCCCGCGAAGAAAGUUUGCUAUUCGAAAAAAACGAUGUUUUGUUACUGGUCGAUGACAACAAUGACAUGCGACAGUACGUCAAAUCAAUCUUCCGUCCUUACUGCCAAAUCAUUGAGGCUGUCAAUGGCAAACAAGCUUUGGAAAUCGCCAGAAAAGAUCCGCCCAAUCUCAUCCUCUCAGAUCUCAUGAUGCCAGUGAUGAACGGGCAAGACCUUCUAUCAGCGAUACGUGCAGAUCCGGUCACCCGAGCAAUACCGAUGAUAUUGCUGAGUGCUGCGACAGACGACGAAUUACGUCUGGCUGCAUUCGCAGAAGGAGUCGAGGAUUUUAUGCUCAAGCCAUUCAAGCCAAAGGAACUUCUUGCUCGAGUCCACCUGCAUAUGCAAAUGCGUAAAAGUCGAGCGCAUUUAGAAAUGAUGCACGCUCAGCGCCAGCAAGAACUAGCUGUGAUAUUGGAUUACUGUCCUUCAGGACUUGUGCGCGCGGACCAAACUGGAGCCGUCAUCUAUGGCAACGAUACCUAUCGUUUGUACUCAGGUAUACCGCGUGGCGUCGAUCUUGGUAAUUGGCCCGACUAUGUGGAUACGCAGACUCACGAACGUUUGCUUUGCUCAUGGGACAAGAUUGUCAACGGAGACCAACGUGAAACCACCCUUACGUGGAAAUUCGCUAAUGGAACUUCGGUAUCUGGCACAUUCGUACGCCUAGAUUUGGUGAAUCCGACAAUGACAGGGAUAUUGGGUUGCAUCUCCGAUAUCAGUUAUCAAGAAGAGAAGCUGCUGGAGGCGGAAAGGAGAAGGAAGGAAGCUGAGGAAUCGAAGCAGCAACAGGAGCUGCUCGUGGAUCUCACCUCGCACGAGAUACGAACUCCUGUUUCCGCGAUUUUGCAGUGCUCCUCCUUGGUCAGAGAAAAUUUGUCUGUCUUACAGGCGCAGCUGCGUACUGCUACUAAUGGCGGCUUCACACCUACUUCGCAGAUGCUUGCAGAGCUGGAGGAAGAUAUAGAAGCUUUGGAUAGUAAGUUAACUGAAAACAACACGCAGCUGACGUCUGCAGGUAUCCAUCAAUGCGGUCUGAUCCAAGAAAGAAUCGCCAAUGAUGUAUUGUCUCUUGCUCGAGUACAGUUGGACAUGCUCACUCUGCACGACUAUGAGAUGAACUUGAAAGUUGAGGCGAAAAAGACCGAUCAUGUUCGUCUACACCAAGUCAUCACAAACCUUAUAUCGAAUGCUAUUCGGUUCACGGCGACUAGUUCAACACGAAUAAUCACAGUCCGCUAUGACGUUGCACUAUCUGCACCGGCUGCUGAUACCUGUGCGCCACCGGUUGAAAUGGACACCACGAUAAGUGCGCCUGUUCCUGAGGACACCAGAGUCUGGCUUUACAUUGCCAUUAAGGAUACAGGACCUGGUCUAGGGCCGACUGAGCAGAAGGCGCUAUUCCAGAGGUUCUCCCAGGGAAAUAGCAUGGUCCAUACAAAAUAUGGAGGAAGUGGGCUCGGAUUGUUCAUCUGUAAACGCAUAUCCGAACUUCUGGGCGGGCGAAUCGAGAUGGAAAGCGAGCUAGGAGUGGGGAGCGCGCACACUGGAACACCUUCUGUUAAGCAGUCUUUCGAUGAUUCCGUAAAAUCGCUUACUAUCACGUCCCCCGCCAGCAAUAUCAAGGCUACGGUUCCGAGCAGCGGUCUCAAACCAAAAGACAGUCUUCACCUGCUUGUUGUUGAAGAUAACGUCAUUAACCAAACAGUACUGAAACGUCAGAUCCUCAAAGCCGGUCUGACCUGCGAUGUCGCCAACCACGGACAAGAAGCUUUAGAUGCCAUCCAUCGUGUAUAUAGUAAGGCUGCAACCGGAAGCGAAGGAAGACCGCCAUACGAUGUUAUAUUGAUGGAUUUAGAAAUGCCUGUCAUGGAUGGCCUUACUGCUGUGAAGCAUAUACGGCAGGCCGAGGCCAGCGGGAUAUUCGACCGACAACUGGUGAUCGCUUUAACGGGAAACGCCAGACAAGGUCAGAUCGAACAAGCGUUGGCUGCCGGUAUGGAUGACGUCGUCAUCAAACCUUACAAACUACCGGAUCUCAUUGCAAAAAUGCGGCACAAAGUAAAGCAGAAAAACACGGAUCAAGCAUAA